GUGCAUGCUUUGCCGAAUGAGGUUUACUCAGCGUGGUUAUUGCUAUUUGUUGUUCAUUGUACUGAGUGGUGCUACACUCGUUGACUUGUUCAAACCCUUAGGAAACAAAGUGGCUUACAGUAGUUAUUAUGAUAUUUCAUUUCUUCUCGACGCUACAUUGACAACCUCGAUUUAUUCCCGUGGUUUGUGUUUUUUCGUGAUCUGCAGCGCGCUGUUCAUCCUCGCCCUGUUUCUGGUUCUCCUUGUGUUAAAACUAGAAAACUUUUCACCAAUCGUGCCAACGUCGGUGCACACAUAGUUUGAAAGGAUGGCAGACUUUUCUCAGGACUCCAAGCCAGACUCUCCUCACAAGAGAACUACGAAUAUGUUCUCUACACCAGACAAAGAUCUAUCAACGUCUUGUGUCAAUGUUUCGGAUGCGUCGAACACAGAUGCAGCUUUCGUUGACGGUGUGUCACAAACAUCAAACGGAGAUUCUGCGAGUACUGACGACCACGUGUUUCGUACAGCAAAUGUGGAGGCAGCCACAAACGACGAUGCGUUCUAUACAGCGAUCAUAGAUGGAUUAUGUAAUGAAAUAGAGGCAGAUUCGUCAAGUAUGGAUGUAGUGAGCAGUGUUAAUGUGUUUCAUACAGAUUCAGCCUAUAACGACACUGCGCUUUGUAGAUCAAACAUGGAGGGUACAGUCUCCAGCGAUAAUACGAUAUCCACUCCGAACAUAGAUGGACCCUGCAAUGAUGUUGUGUUGAGCUUGUCAAGUAUGGAGGCAGUGUGCAGUGACGACGUGCCCCAUACAUCAAACACAAAUGCAGCCUGUAAUGAAACUGUGUUGACUACACCAAACGUAGAGACAACCUCAAGUGACAACGUGUUCUUCACACCGACCAAAGAUGGACCCCGUCGUGACAAUUUGUUUAAUACGUCAAAUACAUGUAAUUUGGAUGCCUUGCGCAAUGGUGGCCUGUCUCAUACAUCAAGCACAGAUUCAGCCUGUAAUGAUACUGUGUUGACUACACCAGACAUGGAGGCACCUUCUACUUCUUAUGAAAGCGUGUUCCGUUCCCCGAACAGAGAGGGACUUUGUAAUGACAAUGUGCUGGGUACAACAAACAUAGACAUAGCUUACAACGAUGUUGCUUCCCAUGCAUCGGACACAGGAGAGGUUGUUUUGCUCUCUGGGCCAUUACCUUCUGAUACAACAAGACGGAAACGAAAGCAAAGAGGCCGCAAACGACUUGCACCUGAUGCUCUCCGUGAAUUGAACACAGAUGAAAAAGGCAAAGACAAUAUUCUAAUAAAUGAAACCGAGGUCUGUGAUGGCGGUGUGGUUAUCGACACGGAUGGAACCUGCAAUAACGGUCUGCUCAGCGCAGUGAACAAACAUUCUGGAACCUGUGCAAUUCCGGGAAGAUUGGUUCUCGGUUCAACACAACGAAAGCGAAAGCGGAGACAAAAAAAACGACGCACACAAAAUGUUUUUAGUGAAAAGUAUGAGCCUACCGGAGAAAAACUAGGUCAUGGGUCUUUUGGCUCCGUUCUGACAUACAAGAACAAGGAGUCGGGGGUGGAAUAUGCCGUGAAGAUCAUCGAGAACUGUCUAGGUGACAGACUCCGCAGAGUUUUUAAAGAGAUCAACAUCUGCCGUCGGUACAAAGACUGUGAGUAUAUCAUCAACCUUGUGGAUUUUUAUGAAUAUGGAAAUACGUUUUACUUAGUGUUCGACAAGAUGGCCGGGGGUGACCUUGAAGGCAUGUUUAAUUCAUACCCGUUUCUGACAGAGCCCGAGGCAUCCCGUGCGGUCGGCGCAGUUGCCCAGGCGCUCCUGGUUCUCCACAGCGAUGGUGUAGCUCACCGAGAUAUCAAGCCAGAAAACAUCUUAUGUCGCACAAACGGGGAGGUCACCUCACUCGUUCUGUGCGAUUUUGGCCUAGCGAGUGAGUCCCCUUCUCCGUGUGAAUCCCCAGGAAAGAAAAUAACCCGGCCUGUUCUGAAGUCUCUUGUGGGAUCCCCGGAGUUCAUGGCACCAGAGGUCGCAACCUUGAUGUUAUCUGGAUGCGAGGGGCCCUACGACACCCGCUGUGACAUGUGGAGUCUGGGUGUGUUGCUCUAUGAAAUGCUCUUCGGAUUCCUCCCCUUUGACCGCGACUGUGGUCGACAUGUCCGCGACUCCGGCGAGAACUGUAUUGACUGCUACAAAAGCGUGUUCCCUCGAAUCUGCAGCGGGGAGUAUUUCUUUCCUGAAAGCGCCAAAGAGUUUCUGUCGGACGACGCCGUGGAUUUGAUCCGGGGCCUUCUGGUUGUUGAUCCUAAUGCCCGCUACUCGGCCGCCGACGUGCUGCAACAUCCUUUUGUGACCGCCAACAAGAACCUAUGCAGUGACUCCCUUAUAGCGACUAGGCCUAGUCCAGAAGUGUCACAAUGUUGAUCGCUUUUUUGCGCUUUAUUUUAUUUGUUUAAUUGUUUGUUCGUUUGUUUUCUUUGUUUUUUUGUUUUUUUUAAAAGACAAAGACGGCAUUUUCAUAAGCUUAAAAUAAGUGGCUGUCUCUACACUUUACGCUUAUGGGACGAGAUAAUCUCAGUAUUACCUUUGACAAAAGAUCUCCCUCUGUACAUGUAUGUUUUAAAAAGCCUAUUUUUUUCUUUUUUGAUUUUCAUUUCAUUAAGGCGAACACACCAUAUUUAUGCUUAGUAAGCGAGUGUCUUUACUUUAAGAGGACGAUACAUUUUCAGUACAGUAUUAUGAUAUCUGUCACAAGGAAUCUCAAUAUAUGUUCACGUACUUUUUAAAGACGUCUGAUGAGUAAUGUGUUGUGUGUGUGUGUGUGUGUGUGUGUGUGUGUGUUUGUUUGUUGUAUGUUUGUCAAGUGCACGUAUUUUUUUGUUUACUGUUUUACAUUUGUAAUUGGUGAUUGUCCUUGGAAAAAAUUACAUGUAGUUUUAUUUAUUAUGCUUCUUUCUCAUCGUUUAUUAUGUUUCAUCUGGUUGUUUUUAUCUAAUAAAAUAUCCAGUGACUUGUACGAACAGUAA